UGGUGGAGAAUGACAGAGCAAGAUAUUACACACAAUGUCGGUGAUCUGAAAGCUCUGCUUAAGUGGCAUCGUACAGAGAUUGCUGUGGCAGUGACUGACCUCUUCCCUUUACUGCAUGGGAUGAUGGACAGAGAUCUAGUCCCUGAGGACAGGUUCCAGGAGAUACAGAGGGCAGGUGAAGGUGUUGGUGCCCAGAAGGCAUCACAUGCUCUCCUUACGUGGCUACUGAGUCGUGAUGUACGAACCAUCCAGGGCUUCUGGUCUCUCUUGUCUUCUGAGUAUAUAUUACGCAGCUACCCCCGUCUCUCUGGCAUACACAGUUCUCUUAAAAGUGUGACAGAAUCCUUGGCUCAUCGAAAAGCCCGGAGAUCCCCUCCAUCAUGCAAAUCUGCACCGCAGCAGAAAUCACAGGCAAAGAGGAAAUCUGGAGGAGAUAAAGAUACCGUAUCUGCCACACAUACAUCUAGUGCUGGCCCCACAUCAAAAUCAAAGGUUCCCCGGAAAACAGAGAAAACAGCCAAUUCACAAAUGUCAGAAACUAUUUGUGAGUCCCUUGCAACCCCCAGAGCUUCCCCAUACAAUCAAAAUUUGCUACAAACAUCAGAAGACAUCCGUGCUUUUGACAUUAAUGUAUCAUGUGCUCUGAGCUUCACAGUUUCACACAAAGCCCCAGCGACGGUGUGCAUGAGUCACGUCGAGGGGAAGCCUCUGACCUUCACUAUCAGCAGGUCGAUGACCAACACCGUGGAGAACACAGAGAAGCAUGUACAGAAAGAAGUAGAACCAGAAGUCUUAGAGAAGAACAAGAUGCAGCCUCUGAAGCUGACUAUACGACCAAAGUUGGCCUCUCAACAUAGCAACGAUGAUGAAUGCUCAGUGUGUCACGAUGGUGGAGAGUUGAUAUGUUGUGAUGGAUGUCCGCGUUCCUUCCACCUUUCUUGCUUAGUGCCCCCACUAACAGAAAUUCCAAGUGGUACAUGGAGAUGUGACACUUGCAACACAGAGGAACCAGUUCUUAUUGGACAAAAGAACAAUCCUGCAGAAGAUGAUGCAACGUUAUCUAUAAAAGGGCCGGCAGAAGACAGAGCUCCGAAAGGAAGUGAAGGCAGCAGUAUUCUUCCAGAUAAUUCUGGAUCUCACAGUGCAAUUCCAAAUACAAAGACCUCCUCGGAUCAGUCUCCGAUAUGCCCUGAACUUCCAUCUCAGCCUGAGAUCUGUGUUGCUCCUGUGUCUCUGCCUGAAAAUUGCCCACAACCAAAUUCCCAGACCACCUAUCAGCUUCCACCCAUCCCACCUAAACUGUCUCAGUACUGUCCUCAGUCCCUGUUACGUAUGUUUGGUACUCAAGCUCCCACACAGCAGAGUUGCCCCCAGAUCCCACCUAAGUCUCAUGUAAAAACCACACACAAUAUUCAGCCGAGUUCUCAAUACACACACCAUCUUCACCGGUGUUCCACUCCUGUACCCCAUAUGUCUCUUCCACCUACCCAGCCUCAAAAUUGCCCACCACCUGGGCAUCAUACACGUAUUUGCACCAUACCCUUUGCCCAGACACUCAAUAGCACAGAAUCUGCAUUUCAGCAGGAGACAUGUCCUUUGACUCAGGUCGAACUUAGUCUCCCUCGUCCCAGCCCUAAUGAACCCCCUUAUGGAGUCAAACCUGUUUCUCUGUCUCAAUGUGACCUUCGCUCUCAAUCAGUAUCAAGGACGGACCCUGGACCUGCUGCUUCUUUAGGUGAAGCAGAUAUCAGACCUCCUUUCGUAGCACUGCAUACAGAUGGAGGAGAAACUAAGGUUCCGACUGAAGCUGCAGGACACAACCUGACACUGAGCCGACAUGAACUGGAAUGUCUCAUUACCGAGCUUUUGGCUAGAUAAAUGGCUUUCCUUUAUCUGUCUCUGGUAAUGUACCCGAAGAAAACUGGUCUUACAGCUUCAGAACAAGGAGAGGAUAAACUGAACAGUUUUUGGUGAACAGAUUUUCCAACAGGAGAAAUAGUCAAGUGUUAACCUGACACCUUAAUCAGCAAUUUCUACGGCUAACUGGAAAGCCUCCCAUGGACCCAAACUACUCUAAUUUACAAGUCUGCAAUGCCAAGGCUUCACUAUAUGUAGCAGGAGAGCUCAGAAAUGAUCAUUUGACCCCACUGGGACUUCCUAUAAUCCUAGAACUUGCUGCUAUAUGGUUUAUCAUGUAUUCAGCCGCCAUUCAAUAUGAGUACCACACAUCCCACCCUUGUUUUUCUUGUUGUUACAUACAUACUCUUUGGACUGUUAUUAUUAUUAUCUAUUAUUUAGAUUGAUUAAAAUCUUAGUUAUAAAAAAUA